GCCCGUCUACCAGGAGGAGUGCGUUUGAUUGUUGCAGGGCUCAAUGGCGGACAGAGCAGGAUAGUCGCGUUAACGCCGAGGACAAAAACGUUUCGACCGGGACAUUUGCGGUCCUCCGCCGCCGCCGAGUAUCUCCCUCCCCCACCGGAGCAGCGGCCAAAAACGAGCACCGGUUUUUGCAUCAACGUGAACUGCGAACCAGUCGCAGCGCGUUUCUCCUCGCCGUUUUCUACGUUUAGCUUCCUUGAGUUCCCAUCCCGAGCGAAGUUCAACUGUUCAUGGUGGCACACUGCUAGCUUCGCAAGUCAACCAUGGGGGACUCUCUCGAAUUGAUCGGGAAGCGCAUGAUUUUGCUCCUCGACGACGGCAGGCCCGCCAAUGGAUCCGAGACGGAGCAACCGGCCUGGGCCCGGGACUGGCUCCGCGGCACGGUGCGGGCGGUGAGCGUCAUCGGCCUGGCCGCUCCGGAGGUUAGCGACGGAGGGGAGGCGACAACCGCGAGCACGGCUGCCGCCGGGCUGACGGUGUGUCUGGAGUUUGAAAACGCACCGCAGCGAUGUUCGUGGGUGCAGGUGUAUGGCGACGGAGUGAAAGCCGUGCUGGUGGAAGACUCAGUGGUCUGGGUCAGCCCCAGCGACGGUACGAGGGUGAGCACCCUUCCCGGACUGACAACGGCCUGGCCUGCGCUGGCUUUCCGCUCCCUGGUGGACAGACUGGGUUUAGGAUCGCUGGUUCCGGUCGAGUAUUUUGCCACCAAGAAUUCAGAGUUCUUGCCAGAUGACAAAGCUUUCCAGAGGUUUGAGAUUGAGAAAGAUAUGAGACACCCCUUGCUGUUGGAGCAACCCUCACUGCUGUCAGCAAUCUCCAGCUGGCACACGGACUUCAAACUGCAGGAGAUCCUCAGGAAGGGUUCGUUCAGCAUCCAGGGGCGCAGGGUCCGUGUGUACCAGCCUGAGUUUGAAGAGUGCUGGGCUUUUGGACUUGUCUCGCAGCAUGACCCUGUCUCACAUGUUAUGGAGAUUACGCUGGAUAAGGGAAACGAGAAGCAGAUGGUGGAUCCUCGUGUGAUACAUGUCAUGCUAGUAGAGGAGGAGCCUGGUAACAACGCACAGCGAAGGAAGGACAGUGAAGCAAUGAAGGGGGACGGCCGCAGACGUAGGACCGCCUCAGAGGACGGUGACGAUCUGAACUUGAAGCGGUUUAAAGGAGCAGGAAACUCUGACCCAGGAGCCCAAAGCUGCGGGGAUUCCAGCAAAACCCCAGAGGAAGGCGUCGGUAUCUGGGCUGGGGACUCGGAUGGAGUGAGCAGCUCGACCAAAAACGGAAGCCCCUCAGAGGGAACCUCUCCUCCAGGAAGCGUGUCUUCUCCCAACACCAACUCCUCGGCCCCCUUGGACCACUCGAAUGCUUCCUCGCCCCUUUAUCCUGCCCUCGUCAAAGAAAACGGCCGCCUGUUCUCUCCCCAAGGGGCGGCGGACUCAACCAGCAACGCUUCUCACCCGCCUAAUCCUCCCCCUCUCAAACCAGCCCCUUCCCCUUUCUCUACCACGUCUUUUCCCUCACUAGGGCAGAUGCCAGUUCUGGUCCCUGGUGCUCCAGCUCCAAAGGCCUCCCCGUCCCCCCAGCCGGACCGAGAGGAAACCUGCCAGUCGACUUACUCUAAAACUGCCGCUCUUGUUUCCCCGGGGCCUGUCACUAUUUCUUGGUCACAAGACAGCAGACCCAGCGUAUCGCUGUCUCCGUCGAUGGGUUUCAGUCCUAAAGCUCCUACCUGGGGAGGCCAGACCGAGGGUCCUAAGACGACGCCCAGUUUCCGCUUGUCCCAGGCGGCGCCCACAGCGCCUGUGUUUGGAGAUGUUACAUCCCAGACCAAUGGAGCUCCCACCUCCACCACCGCUUCCCAUGACGCCGCCAGGCCUUUUGGCUUCGGCUUCAGUGGCGCAAAGAAUGAAGCUCGGCCUCUGCGUGACCAGAACCUCUUUUUUCAGUGUAUGACCCAGAAUUCUGGCACCAGCCCCGUCCUGACAACUGGCCAGGCUCAAACCAAGGACACUAAUUACUUCUCUGCUGCGUCAGAGAGUCUGAAUAAAGAGCCGGCGGCUCUUUUCAGGCCCGCGUCCUCCACCGAAGGGCUGAAAAAGCCCGAGCAGCCCAAAGUGCCUGAGGCUCAUGCUCUGGGAAACGGUGCUUUCAACCUACCAUCAGCCUUCCAGGGCGCAUCUGCAGGUGGACGGGGUCCCGGGCUAACUAUGGGUGGGCUUGGGUUGGCCUCUGAAGCCCAGAGUGCUACUAAGAACAACAAUAAUAAUGGAACUUCUGAAGGAGGUUUAGCGCUACAGUCUGGGUUUAACUCCUCAGAUAUCCACCAGAACCUUUUUCUGCAAGCAUCUAAUCCAUUUCUGGCUUACGGAGAUAAAAACUCCCCAAAACCUUUCGCCGGCCUCACUGGGACUGAGCCGCAAACCCUGGGUGUCUCUUUGGACAGCAAGCCUAACCUGUUCACCAUGGCAGAGCCCCCCAAAGGUAUCCUGUCCUCCACCUUCCCAGCGCCCUCCGCCGUGGCUUCAGUCAGCUCUUCUAACACUCCAACACCAGCUCAGACUUUGCAGAACGACAUGGCAGUGAAGAAGGAACAAGAAGGCGUCGAGAUGCCAACGUCUACGUCGGGCUGCCCGAUGCUCGGCGGCGGCGGCAGCUCUGGAGAAAUGAAAGACGCCGCUCUGUCCUUUGACCAGAACCAGCAGCAGAAGUUUAGCCUGGAAGACAGAAGUCAGUCGUCUAAGCGCGACUCGGACUCCAGCACCAACAGCGACCUGUCGGACCUCAGCGAGAACGAGGAGGGCCUGGAGAAAGACCAGAUUCCCGCGGGGCUUCCUCAUCCCGCCAAGGACGGCUCCAUCCAGCAGAAAUCGAAGGUCCAGGCGGCUGCCAAGAGCCGCCCUCGUAACAAAUCUUUUAAAGUGGGCCAGUCUGUGCUAAAGGAUCAGAGCAAGGUGCGGCGUCUGAAGCAGUCUGGUGAGUCCUUCCUCCAGGACGGCUCCUGCAUCAGCGUGGCUCCCCACCUGCACAAGUGCCGCGAGUGCCGCCUGGAGCGCUACCGCAAAUACCGGACCACCGAGGACGACAGUGGGGACGAAGACGACCCAAACGUGGCCUGCCGUUUCUUCCACUUCAGAAGGUUGGCUUUCACACGUAAAGGCAUACUGCGCGUUGAAGGCUUCCUCAGUCCUCAGCAGAGCGACGCCAUGGCAAUGGGUCUCUGGCUGCCUGCACCGGCAGUCCAAGAGGGCCUCGACCUCGAUACGUCCAAGUACAUCCUGGCCAACGUGGGAGACCAGUUCUGUCAGCUGGUGAUGUCUGAGAAGGAGGCCAUGAUGAUGGUGGAACCGCACCAGAAAGUGGCGUGGAAACGCGCGGUUCGAGGCGUUCGAGAAAUGUGCGACGUAUGCGAGACAACCUUGUUCAACAUCCACUGGGUGUGCCGUAAGUGUGGCUUCGGGGUGUGUCUGGACUGCUAUCGGCUCCGAAGGAACAGACCAAGAGAAGAUUUGGACGAAACCCCAGAAGAUGAAGUUUUCUCUUGGUUAAAGUGUGCCAAAGGCCAGCCUCACGAGCCUCAAAACCUCAUGCCAACACAAAUUAUACCCGGAACAGCUCUUUAUAAUAUAGGGGACAUGGUGCAUGCAGCGAGGGGCAAAUGGGGCAUUAAGGCCAACUGUCCCUGUGCCAGUCGACAUACAAAGUCACUAGUGCGCCCUACCGCCCCAAAUGGAUUUUCACAGCAGUCUACAUCCAGCAGCGGAAGUGGCCUUACAGUUUUAUCUGGUGCCGGCGUUACUCCGAAACCCGAGCCAGACACGUCCGCAGUCAAAACGGAGAGCAUGCAGACGGCCACGCCUUCAGACAGCGGGGGCGGGGGAAGCGGGGGCAGUACCAGUAACUCUGUCGUUAGCACAUCCACUCCCUGUAACCCCACACAGUCCUCCGCCAAGGACUCCCGUCCGUCAGGAGAGGGCAACAGCUCCGCGCUGCACUGGCUGGCAGACCUGGCAACACAAAAAGCCAAGGAUGACACCAAGGAGUCCGGCUCGCUCCGCGCCAUCAUGAGCAGAGAAAGUCGGCCUCCCUUCGGGCUGGACUCACUCAGCGCCCUUUCCAAGCCGCCCCCUUCCAGUCCGAAGCUCUUCAACAGCUUGUUACUCGGACCCAGCAUGACCCAGUCCAAGCCGGAGGGGUCCAGCCUGCGGGAUCUGCUCAACUCUGGACCGGGAAAGCUCUCUCAAGGCCCCGGAGAGAGCAGCGUACCUUUCCCCUCCGUUUUUACCUCAUCAAGUAGCGACAAGAUGAAGAGCAGCCUCCCGAACUUCCUGGACCACAUCAUCGCCUCCGUUGUGGAGACCAAGAAAGCCGAGGGCCGGCGAUCCGCGGCCUCCGAAGGCGGCGAGCUCGGAGUGCUGGGGGCCCGCAAAGACGGCGUCAUGACUCUUAGCGUUUUGGAACCACAUACCUCACACUCUUGGCUCUGUGAUGGGCGGCUCCUUUGCCUGCAGGAUCCCAGCAACAGCAACAACUGGAAGAUCUUCAGGGAGUGCUGGAAGCAGGGACAACCUGUGCUGGUGUCGGGGAUUGAUAAACGCCUAAAAGCUGAGCUGUGGCGGCCCGAGGCGUUCAGUGAGGAGUUUGGAAACCAGGAUGUAGACCUGGUCAACUGUAGAAACUGUGCCAUCAUUUCCGACGUAAAGGUGCGAGACUUCUGGGAUGGCUUUGAGAAGAUCUCCAAACGGCUGCAAGACGCCGACGGUCGGCCCAUGGUGUUAAAGUUAAAGGACUGGCCUCCAGGGGAAGACUUUAGGGACAUGAUGCCCACAAGGUUUGAUGAUUUGAUGGACAAUCUUCCGCUGCCCGAGUACACAAAAAGAGACGGCCGUCUAAACCUCGCUUCGCGGUUGCCCAACUUUUUCGUGCGUCCUGACCUCGGACCAAAGAUGUACAACGCCUACGGCCUGAUCUCAACCGAGGACAGGAAGGUGGGAACCACUAACCUCCAUCUGGAUGUGUCCGACGCCGUCAACGUCAUGGUGUACGUUGGCAUCCCUCAUGGAGAAGAAAACCAGGAGCAAGAGGCAGAAAACUCUGGAUACCAAGAGGUCAUGACGACGAUCGAGGAGGGCGACGUGGAUGAAAUGACGAAGAGGCGGGUACACGAGGGGAAGGAGAAGCCCGGAGCCCUCUGGCACAUCUAUGCAGCCAAGGACGCUGAGAAGAUUCGGGAAUUACUCCGCAAGGUGGGAGAAGAGCAGGGUCAGGAGAACCCUCCGGACCACGACCCCAUUCACGACCAGAGCUGGUACCUGGACCAGGGGCUCCGACGCCGACUGUACGAGGAGUACGGCGUCCAGGGCUGGGCCAUUGUACAGUUCUUAGGCGACGCUGUGUUCAUCCCCGCCGGAGCGCCACACCAGGUACACAAUCUGUACAGCUGUAUCAAGGUGGCGGAGGACUUUGUGUCUCCUGAGCACGUGAGGCACUGUUUCAGACUGACACAGGAGUUCAGGCACCUCUCCACGACUCACACAAACCACGAAGACAAGCUACAGGUGAAGAACAUCAUCUAUCACGCCGUGAAGGACGCCGUCGGCACACUGAAGGCCCACGAACCUAAACUAGCUCGCCCGUAGUCCUCCGCGCCACUCCACUACGUACACACAGCACAUGCCACAUGUCUACAUAAAUGAAAACUGCAGAGUACAAAGUACAGAGAUCGUGUUUGUUGUUCGGGGCAGUGAAGGUCUGAAUUUUGGGCGGGAAGAGAACAUUUCAUUUUGGGGGGGGAGGGAGGAGGGGAGGGGGCAGAUGGACGCUUCGAUGAGGGAACUCCUUUGUCGCUGUUACACAGUACUCUCAGACUUGUCUAGUUGUUUUUCAAGGUUUUUGUUUUUUUUCCCCCUCCUUUUUUUUGAUUAACAUUGUAUUUAAGGUCAGUGUGUUCUCUUGGUUUUGUUGUAAAUGUAAGAUGUUUGCGUAAGGGAGGUUAAAUAAAAGAGAAAAAAAAACAAAAAAAAGCUGGCGUGCCUUCAGAGCAGAGGUUCAGCUACGAUAUAAGCAAAUCGCAAAAUGUGAGUACCGGGCUAACGAUCUUAUUUUGAUGACAUGCUUACGUUUUCCCAUUUAGAAGCAAGGUUAACCUGUUUUUGUAGAUUCUUUUUUUAAACCUCUGAUUGUUUUUUUGCCGUCUGUGGCUGAAAUGAAUUUGCAGAGCAGCCAAUCAAGGGAAGCUGACCAAAGUUUUGUAUUUUUAGUUUUCUUAUUUCUCUCAUUUAGAGUAAGAACUCUUCUUUUCUACCUACACAACAAGUUGAUUAGACGUGCUUCAGAGACGGCAAUUUUUUCCUCUUUUUUUUUUUUUCUUUUUAAACCCGUCUUUGUUCAUGGGGGGGGGUUUGAAGAAUUACAGACUCCCAGCGAUAUUGUUCAAGAGUCACACUUGCAGCUGAACAGAACUACUGGCCAUUAACAUUGUAUCAAUAUAUAUAUUGAUCUUAGCAGUUGGAUUUUUUUUCACAAUAAAAUUUACAAAAAUAA